CUGACGAACGGCGGCCGCCGCCGGGGGCCGCAGCCGCGAUAUAGGUAUAUGCCGGCGCGAGCCAUACAAACAGCUGCCGCCGCUGUGUCGCUGACGCGUUUUUCGAAUGCAACACCCGCGCCGUCGUGGUUACAUCACACGCGCUAGUACUACGUAUCGCAUCAUACCGUCGUCGAUAUAUAUCGCUCGCAGCGCGCGUGCAGAUAUCAUAUUUUAUCGUGUACCUACUCAAAUAUAAUAAUAUAUAAAGUCUUCGCGGUUCGAACAUAUUGUCGUCUCCGCGGCAUACCAUUCGCGCCAGUGCAUGUAAGACACAACGAAAAUAAUAUCAAUAAUAGUGACAGUCGGUGUCCGUUCGCGAGUUGACGUUAUCCUCCACAUCACUGUUUGUGCACCGUCCACUGCCGAUCGGACACAAAGAUUUUCACUCGCGAUCACCGCCGCGUCUAUGACAACCUCGGCCAACCGUCGGCCGUGCCCUCCUCGAGGGACGUCUGCCGUCGGUGGUUCGUUCGGCUGUUGCGGGUCAGGCGUUACCGCCACGCGAUCGACAACCGACAGUGUUUAGCGAUUUUUCGUCUUACCAAAACCGUCCUCGUCGUGGUUCUAGAUAAAAUCGCCUAGAUACAUUUUUUUGCGAACGCCGAGAACUAAAAAUCGAUCACAAUUCUGUCAUCGAUACCGUUUAGGCCGGGGUUAAGGCCGAACAUGCUAAACAACAUCAGUAUAAUCGGCCCGAACAAUGUCGGCGGCCAUAAGGACUUCGAUGGUCUCAAACACCGAUCGUUACACCAGUUACAGACCGGUGGUGGCGGAGGAGGCGCACACGACGUCGGUGGUGGUCACGGACUCGGCGGCGGCACAGGUAACGGUCAUCUGCAGCAAGGCAACGGCCCAUCACCGCCGCAUCAGCUGUCCACUGGCGCCGGAAGUGGUGGUGGUGGCGGUGGCGGACCGUUCCGGUUGUCGUGCGGCGGUUUUGACCUGUCAACCGCGGCCGGUCACGGGCUGGCCACUGCCGCCGCUGUGGCCGCCGCCGGCGGUGGCGGCGGCGGGCUCAACGGCGACGACGCCGGAAAGCCGAACAAGCAAAAGAGACAUAGGACCCGGUUCACACCGGCACAACUCAACGAGCUGGAGCGAUGCUUCAGCAAGACCCACUAUCCGGAUAUUUUCAUGCGCGAGGAGAUCGCCAUGCGGAUCGGUCUCACCGAGUCCCGAGUACAGGUUUGGUUCCAAAACCGAAGAGCAAAAUGGAAAAAACGGAAGAAAUCAACAAACGUGUUCAGAAGCCCUGGUGCUCUGUUGCCGUCCCAUGGACUACCACCGUUUGGAUCCAUGUCCGACAGUAUGUGUCCCACGUCAAUGUUCAGCUCUCCCGACACCAGAUGGGGUGUGACGAGUAUGGCCACAGGACUCAGUCAACUGGCCGGUGGUACAGUUACCAUGAGCGGAUACAACCAUCAAAAUUCGUCACUCAGUUCCGUGCCUAUCACAACGAUGGCUACCAACGCUCAGAACAUGUAUCAAGCGCACUAUGGUCUCAAUUCACUAGGCGAUUCAAACAAAUGGCGAUUUUCCAAAGACCAAUUCAAACCCUAUCCAGCAGAUUCUCAGUUAUUUUGAGAAUCAAUGUGUACAUUGAUCAUCAUGAUGUGCAUCGUUGUGUUUUGUACAGUAUUUUACACGGGAGACAACGGCACAAUCAACUCUAUACAAAUGCAUACGAAGCGGAGCCAAUUAAUUGAAUAAUUUUUUUUCUUCCAAAUUAUUAUAAUUAAUAUUAAUUAGUGUUUGGUGAUGCGUUCUUAAGAUUAAGAAUAUUUUUUAAACUAUUCAUUAAAAAUAAUUACUGUAAAUCUAUAGCGGCAAUAACAUUUAUACCUACUCGUGUAUAAAAAUCAAGUACCUAUUCGUCUAUUACGGGCAAUUUGAAAUAAAAAUGUUAACAUAACUAUUGUAAACAGUGCUCGGAUUAUAUAUACCUUCUUUCAACGAUAACUGAUAAUGUGGUACAUUAAUAACUAAUAAAAAUAUAUAUUAUAAUAAUUAUAUAAAACACGUGGGCUAUAUAUGCCUACAUUAUAAUACAAAGAUAGGUUAUAUAUCUACCUAUUAAAUAAUAACAAAUAUGAAAUAAUAAUAGGUAAAACUCAACCAGGUACCUACCUACUACAUUUUAAUAUUAAUAUAUCAUUGGUCGCAAUACCUACACAUCACUAAGAUGCCAAUAUAUCUGCAGCUUAGGUAAUAUAUGUUAAGUUUGUCUAGUAUCUACAUUCUACAUGAUACAUAUAUGAUUAGGAUUUAAUAAAUAUUUUUGUUAAUCUUAUUACCAUAAGCUAUACUAAAAAUAUUUCUUCGACAUUUGCACUGAUGUAAUUUAUAAAAAAAAAAAUCAUUUUUGGAAUUUUCCUUCCGUCAAAGUGUAUUAAAAUCGCUUCUAAGUAUUUUCCAGGCAUUAGUCACUAGUGUAUCACAUUAAAUAUUUUCCAAUUAUACUAUAGUAAACCAUCUAGCCGUCUAGGAACCUAAAAUAACCUAUAUUUAUAGAAUUAAAUUCCCCACAAAAAUGAUACUUAACUGCAUUUAUGUUUAAUCACGAAGUUAUUCAAAUUCAUCAUAAAUACAAUUUUAAAUGUGUAGCUGGUGCCUCAUAUAAAAACAAUUAAGUAGGUUUAGUCACCAAGAAAAUAAAUACAUAGAUAUCUGUAUAAAAAAGGUACCUACAAUGAACGAAUACAAUCAUGAAUUUUACUACAUUUCAUUUGUUAAUUAAGUAAAAAUUGUUGUGCUAAAUUAUAAAAAUAUAUUUCUAAUUUUUUUCUCUAUACAGUUUUUAUUUUUCAAUAUGAUUUGACAAAGAUAAAGCAAUUAAAAAUGUAAUGUUUUGUAAUUAAACAUUUAGAAGUACUAUGCAACAACAGCUAAAUAAGAACCUACAUGAAGUUUAAAUCUAAACUUAUUUAAGGGAUCUAUCUAUGUAUUAUUAUCUUUUACAUAUUAUAAAGUAUCAUUUAUUGGAUAUAACAUUUUACCAAUUGGGCACUGGUUACUAGAUCUAUUACCUAAUGGUUUGGGUACCUAAUUCUAUUUAAUCUAUCAAAUAACCCGAUGACGUAUUCAGAUAAUUUCCUGGGGGUUAAAAACUGUUCCCUCUAAGAUCAAAAAAACGACGUUAAUAUUUGUAAUAUCACAUUUUUAUAACCCUAUACACAAUUACACAAACUUAAAAUCAGACAACUGACGAAUGCAAAUCUUGUAUCUGAUUAGAGAUUGAAAUAAGUCAAGUAUAAUCCAACAGACAAAUAUUUUGAGAAAAAUGUAGGUAACAAAUAUUGUAAGGUUAGCAACCAUAGAAAAAAAUCAUAAAAUAUGCUACUGCCGCAGUGCCACUACUGGGGACACUGGGGUACUAAUGAAAUAUAGAUAGUUUUAAAUAUUAAACACAAAAAGAAAUCGAUAGGCAUUCAGUUCUGUGCAUUCAUGAUCUAUAUGAUUUAAUGGCUAGAUUUUAUUUUUGAUAAUUUUAAAGUACAGCGACAUCACCAAAACUAUUCACUGAAAUCGCAUUUGAAUGUUGUACCUACACCAGAAAUGUAUAAAAUUGCAUACACAUUUGAAUUUAUCUACAAAGUAUAUGUUUGUAUGGCCGUAUAGAUAAUUGUUAGAGAUAUUAUAGUCGAUAAUCUAAAAUAUAAUAUCUGUAUUUGUGUUGUAAAUUUGUAAUAUUAGGUAAACCUACUAAAAUUAUAAUAAUUUAUCUAAAAUACAUAACUUAAAAUUGUAAAUGUGUAAAAUUGAUCAUUUUAAUUAAAUCUAUUGGGUUUUCGAAAAAAGUACCUUUAUUAUACUUUAACGAUUAUUAUUCGUUCAAUUAUUAACGUAUCUUCUUUGUCUAAAAUUGUAUUAGACAAAAACUACCUUCCUAUCUAAUGUGAUUUUGCCUCAUAAAUGUUUAACAUUUUAAAAUAAUAAUAUUACGUAAUGUGCGUAAGAUUUAUGCAUUUUGAUAAUUGAAUACAAUCAUAGGCGGAAAUCAGGGGAAGACUUGAGGAGACUAAGCCCCCAGAAGUUUAAUGAGUUGUAAUGAGCAUAUAUUGCUUAACCCCCCAAUUAUAAGUAAUUUCACCAAAUUUCCGCUUAUGAAUACAAUACACAUUUUAGUGUUACCUUUAAACUUAAAAUACAACUUUUAACAAGUGUUUCAGUUUUAAAAUGUGUAGAUAUAUUUAGUAUUUCACUGUAUACGUAUAUGUUUAAAUUUUCUAACUUUUUCUUGAAGUUAACUUAUAAUAUUAUGUCAUUUAUACCUUGAUAAAUAGGUAGUAGGUAUAGAUUUCUAUUAUAUAACCGUGGUAUAUUAUGGUCUUGUCAUGUCUAUAAAUAUAAAAUAUAAAUUCUAAAAAUAUUGUACCAUGACAUAAUGUCAAAUAUAUUGUAUAGAAUAUAAAAUAAAACAAAAGGCAGAUACAGUUAUUAUAGCAUGGAUUUUAUUUUAUUUUGAAAAUAUACAUAGAAAUAUUCAAAAUUAAAAUUACUAAGGUCCAAUAAAUUGAGUUAUUGAAUCGAUAAAAAUUAAAAUACGUUGCACAGAGCCAUAAUACCUUAUUGAAUCAAUAAGUUAUCGACUAUGGUUAGUUACUAUUGAUUCAUUAAUUUAUAAGCCCGAUUUUGGUCCAAUAAGUUUUAUCAGUUCAAUAAAAUAAAAUUAAUGAAAGUUUAUCA